AUUCAAAACACAAGGAGGGAAGAAAUAUACUCCGUACCAGGGUAAUUAUGGAUUGACAAACUCACAAAAGUGAUAACACUCCCUGAGUAUCAGGUAGUGAUAUUAUCAAUAUUGCCAUUCUCCGUACUGGCUUAACAGUAUCUGUCUGUAUUAGUCCCAACAUGGAUACAGUAUGCUCCAAACUCCUUUAAUUUGUCCAUAUUCUUCAUCUUCAUCACCAUCAUCACAUAAUACUCACUUUCCGCGCGCGUGUUCCGGAUUCAACAAGUUUUCACAAAGAGAUCAAGGAAAAGGAUUGAAGCAGCAAGAGAUGGGGGAAGAAUCAUCACUACCAUUGAUCUGUAGAGCGUCAGCCACCGAUGCCCCCAUUAUCUCCUCAUGCAACGAGCGCAUCAGACCUCUUCUUGACUGCGUUGACCAGCUCCGGGAGCUCAAGAUCAUGCAAGAAGGCAUCCAGCUCCCCACCAUCGUCGUCGUCGGCGACCAGUCCUCCGGCAAGUCCAGCGUCCUCGAGUCCCUCGCCCGAAUCCACCUCCCCAGAGGGCAGGGGACCUGCACGCGUGUCCCGCUCAUCAUGCGUCUCCAGAACGCCCCAUUUCUUGAUAACCCAGAGCUCCGGUUGGAAUACAAUGGGAAAGUCGUCCCUACAGACGAAACCCACAUUGAGGAAGAUAUUAUUCAGGCCACCGAAGAGAUUGCCGGCCCCGGGAAAGGGAUUUCCCACACCGCAUUGACCUUGGUCGUGCAAAAGAACGGAGUUCCUGACCUUACCAUGGUUGACUUGCCCGGAAUAGUCCGAGUUCCUGUUCAGGGCCAACCGGGCGACAUUUACGAGCAGAUCUCCAGUAUCAUCAUGGAGCACAUUACCCCGGAAGAGAGCAUUAUCCUCAAUGUCCUGUCUGCGACGGUGGAAUUCCCGAUAUGCGAAUCCAUCCGGAUGUCACAGGAAGUGGACAAGUCCAGGGAAAGGACACUCGCGGUGGUCACCAAGGUCGACAAAGCACCAGAAGGGCUUCCGGAGAUGGUCACUGCUGAUGACGUUAAAAUUGGACUUGGUUAUGUCUGUGUCAGAAACAGGAUCGGCGAAGAAGGGUAUGGGGAGGCAAGAAUGGCUGAAACCUUGCUUUUCGAGAGUCACCCGUUGCUAAGUAAGCUUGACAAGUCUAUGGUUUCUGUCCCGGUCCUUGCUCAGAAACUGGUUAGGAUUCAGGAGGGAAUGAUCAUGAAAUGUCUGCCCCAAAUCAUAAAGAAAAUCAAUGACAAGCUCGCAGCCAAUGUAGCCGAGCUGAACCGGCUGCCACAGAAGCUUAACUCAGUAGGGGAAGCCGUGGCAUCAUUCAUGCGUGUUCUAAGCUCAGUCAAGGACUCGUUGAAGAAAAUCAUGGUCCUAGGCGAGUUCAACGAAUACCCCGAGGAUAAAGAAAUGCAUUGCACUGCCAGGCUGGUGGAGAUGCUCAACCAUUACUCCUUGGAGUUGAGGUCAACGGGAAAUCCUUCCCAGGGUCAAGUAGGGUUUUUGAUGGAGGAAAUCUCAGCUUUGGAGGAGUCAAAGGGGAUUCAUCUCCAGAAUUUCCUCCCCAGAGGGGUUUUCCUUAACAUGCUGCAGAGUAAAGUGAAGGCCGUUUCAGGCAUACCUAUAGAUUUGGUUGACCGGAUUUGGGAUUACAUCGAGAAAGUUGUUAGACCCGGAGGAUAAAAUAGUAGAUUAUAUAAGGGUGUAGAAAUAUGACUGGACCGGAUAUCACUUCUAGUCACGUAUUAAAUACGCUUUCGUAAAAGUUUACUAUCUACCCUUAUCACAGUAACCGGCUUACAAGAUAGAACUUUUGGGAUAAAAAGAAGGUGUACAAGUGUAUUUUAGCUACUGAUAAAAU